CGGCCCGGGCCGGCCGAGCAGCUAUGGGCGCCCGGGUGCCGGGCCCCUGGAGAGCCAAGGCCCCCGACCGGGGUAGGGGGUGCCGGGGCUACCAGCCCCGCUGACACCGCCUCGGACGAUGUGAGCGGGCGCCUCCGCUGCUUGCAGGGCAAGCGGUCCCACCGGCUCUGAGCGCCGCUUUUCUAAUUUGGGUGGGGGCCACCAUACCAGGCCGCUCGGGCUUUGGUAGAAGGGCGGGCUGUCUUUGGCAGCUUGGUUGGGGGAGGCGAUCCGCACAGGGCGCUCGGAGAUUCUUUUUUUCCUUUUUUUUUUUUAAGCGAGGUUAACUGUUUUGGGUAGCUUGGUUUUUGGGGGAGGCUUUAAAAAGGCCUUUCGGGGUUCCUUUUCUCUGGGGGGGGGGCGGUGGUCCCGACUUGGCCCGCCGCCUGUUGGAAGGGGGGAGCGGGAAGCGUUGGGAUGUGAACCCAGCUCCCCCCACUAUGAUGAAGACGGAGCCACGGGGGCCUGGGGGUCCCCUCCGGAGCGCCUCCCCGCACCGCAGCGCCUACGAGGCGGGCAUCCAGGCUCUGAAACCUCCCGACGCGCCCGGGCCCGACGAGGCACCCAAGGCAGCCCACCACAAGAAAUAUGGCUCCAACGUCCAUCGCAUCAAAAGUAUGUUCCUGCAGAUGGGCACGACGGCUGGCGCGCCGGGUGAUGCGAGCGGCGGCGCGGGCCCCACCGAGGCCCUGCGGGCGCCCGAGCGCGGCGUGCGCUUGUCGUUGCCGCGGGCCAGCAGCCUGAACGAGAACGUGGACCAUAGCGCCCUGUUGAAGCUGGGCACCAGCGUAUCGGAGCGCGUGAGCCGCUUCGACUCCAAGCCCGCGCCCUCCGCGCAGCCCGCGCCGCCGCCACACCCGCCGUCCCGGUUGCAGGAGACGCGGAAGCUGUUCGAACGGAGCGUCCCCGCGGCCGCGGGCGGCGACAAGGAGGCCGCGGCGCGGCGGCUGCUGAGGCAGGAGCGCGCCGGCCUGCAGGACCGGAAGCUGGACGUCGUGGUGCGCUUCAACGGCAGUACCGAGGCGCUGGACAAGCUGGACGCCGACGCCGUGUCUCCGACGGUCAGCCAGCUAAGCGCUGUCUUUGAGAAGGCCGACUCGAGGACCGGCCUCCACCGCGGGCCCGGGCUGCCCAGGGCCGCGGCCGCCGGGAUUCCCCAGGUCAACUCGAAGCUGGUCAGUAAGCGGUCCCGGGUGUUUCAGCCGCCCCCGCCGCCGCCCGCCCCGUCGGGGGAUGCCCCAGCCGAGAAGGAGCGCGGCCCCGGAGGGCAGCAGCCCCCGCAGCACCGAGUGGCCCCCGCCCGGCCGCCCCCCAAGCCCCGGGAGGUGCGCAAGAUUAAGCCGGUGGAGGUGGAGGAGAGCGGGGAGUCGGAGGCCGAGGCAGCGCCCACAGAGGUGAUCCAGGCGGAGGUGACAGUCCACGCGGCCCUGGAGAAUGGCAGCGCCUUGGCAACCACCGCUAGCCCGGCGCCUGAGGAGCAGAAGGCUCAGGCGGCUCCCGAGGAGGAGGCGGCGACCGUGGCGGUGCCCGAAAAGGGGGUGGGCAAUGGCCGGGCCCCGGAGGUGGCCCCCGAGGACAUAGACGAGUCCAGAAAGGAGGACUUCUCGGAGGCGGACUUGGUGGACGUGAGCGCCUACAGUGGGCUGGGGGAGGACUCUGGGGGCAGUGCCCUGGAGGAGGACGACGAAGAGGAGGAGGAGGGGGAGCCCCCCUACGAGCCCGAGUCGGGGUGCGUGGAGAUCCCAGGGCUCUCGGAAGAAGAGGACCCGGCCCCGAGCCGAAAGAUCCAUUUCAGCACAGCGCCCAUCCAAGUGUUCAGCACCUACUCCAACGAGGACUACGAUCGUCGCAACGAGGACGUGGAUCCCAUGGCAGCCUCUGCUGAGUACGAGCUGGAGAAGCGGGUGGAGAGGUUGGAGCUGUUCCCUGUGGAGCUGGAGAAGGACUCCGAGGGCCUGGGCAUCAGCAUCAUUGGCAUGGGGGCCGGGGCGGACAUGGGCCUUGAGAAGCUGGGCAUCUUCGUCAAGACCGUGACUGAGGGCGGCGCAGCCCAUCGGGACGGCAGAAUCCAGGUGAACGAUCUUCUGGUGGAGGUGGAUGGAACGAGUCUGGUGGGAGUGACCCAGAGCUUUGCAGCCUCCGUGCUCCGGAAUACCAAGGGCCGCGUGCGGUUUAUGAUUGGCCGGGAGCGGCCCGGUGAGCAGAGUGAGGUGGCCCAGCUAAUUCAGCAGACCCUGGAACAGGAGCGAUGGCAGCGGGAGAUGAUGGAGCAGAGAUACGCCCAGUACGGCGAGGAUGACGAGGAGACGGGAGAGUAUGCCACCGACGAGGAUGAGGAGCUGAGCCCCACGUUCCCAGGGGGCGAGAUGGCCAUCGAGGUGUUCGAGCUGGCAGAGAAUGAAGAUGCCCUGUCCCCUGUGGACAUGGAGCCCGAGAAGCUGGUGCACAAGUUCAAGGAGCUCCAGAUUAAGCAUGCUGUGACUGAGGCAGAGAUCCAGCAGCUGAAGAGAAAGCUGCAGAGCCUGGAGCAGGAGAAGGGGCGGUGGCGGGUGGAGAAGGCCCAGCUGGAGCAGAGCGUGGAGGAGAACAAGGAACGCAUGGAAAAACUGGAGGGCUAUUGGGGUGAGGCCCAGAGCCUGUGCCAGGCUGUGGACGAGCACCUGCGGGAGACCCAGGCCCAGUACCAGGCCUUGGAGCGCAAAUACAGCAAGGCCAAGCGCCUCAUCAAAGACUACCAGCAGAAGGAGAUUGAGUUUCUGAAAAAGGAGACAGCACAGCGCAGGGUUCUGGAGGAGUCAGAGUUGGCGAGGAAGGAGGAGAUGGACAAGCUCCUGGACAAGAUCUCAGAACUGGAAGGAAACCUGCAAACACUGAGGAAUUCCAAUUCUACUCUCUCUCGAGUCAUGGCUUCUUCAAAGCUCCGAGAACCUGUGGACGAGGUUUUUGACCUGGACUUGGCAGUGCCAGAAACCGUCAGACUGGACAGCAGUUUACACAAGGCCCGGGCCCAACUACUGGCCAAGGGCCGAAGACACCGGCCCUCUCGCUCCAGACUUCGGGACAGUGCCAGCUCUGCAGAGGAUGGUGAAGGCUCUGAUGGGCCUGGAGGCAAGGGAGCCGACGGCUGCGGGAGCCCCUUGCACCGGCUGCGAUCGCCUCUGCACUCAGGCCCGGGGUCCCCAGCGGGGGGCUCCUUCUGCCUGGAGCCCCCGGGAUUGCGGCGCAGCCUGGACGAGGACGAGCCGCCGCCCUCACCGCUCGCACGCUACCGGCCCCUGCACAACGCCGCCUCGCACGAGGGUCUGGCCGCCGCCUCGGGCUCGCCGCCCCGCUCCGCUGCCUCGUCCGAUAGCUCGCCCAGCUUUGUGCGCCGACACCCUCGUGCCGAGCUGCACAGCGAAGAUGACAGCCGGGAUGCCAGCCCACCUGAGCCUGCCAGCCCUACCAUUGGCCUGGAUAAGAAGACUCGCCGCAAGUUCCUGGACCUGGGGGUCACCUUACGCCGAGCAUCCACUAGUAAGAGCCGGAAGGACAAGGGCAGCAACCGUCUGUCCAUGGGCAGCAGGGAGUCAGUGGAGGGGUCCAGCAGGUCAGGGGGCUCCCCGUUCCUGCCCUUUUCCUGGUUCACAGACAGUGGCAAAGGCUCUGCAUCUUCUGGCAGCACCACCUCCCCGUCCUGCUCCCCUAAACGCGAGGGUUUCAGCCCUAAGAAGUCAGCUUCUCAGGAAUCCACCCUGAGUGAUGAUUCCACACCCCCCAGCAGCAGCCCCAAGAUCCCAAGUGGUCCCCGGCAGGCGGCCAAGUGUUCCUACCCCUACCACACUCUUUCCCAGUCUUCCGAUGAGUUUCUGGAUGAGCCUCUUCCCACCGUCUACCACUGGACCAGUCAGCAGGUGGGCCAGUGGCUGCAGAGCCUCAACCUGGAGCAGUAUGCUGCUGAGUUUGCUGCGCGGCAGGUAGAUGGGCCACAGUUACUGCAGCUGGACGGAAGCAAACUGAAGAGUCUGGGGCUCAGCAACUCGCAUGAUCGGGCGCUGGUGAAGCGGAAGUUGAAGGAGCUGGCGGCGGCAGCUGAGAAGGAGCGCAAGGCCCAGGAGAAGGCUGCACGGCAGCGUGAGAAGCUCCGGCGCAGGGAGGAGGCCAAGAAGAGCUAGGGAGACGGGCGGGCAGGUGCUGGCACCCGGCUCGGGAAGCUGCUGGGCUCUGCGGGCACAGGCCGCCUUAGGAGGCGGGGCCUGGGCACCAGGCUUGGGUUGGCCUGGCUCCAUGCUCUCAGGAGGAACAGCCCUCUCACCCUGUCAUCUGUCUGGACCCAGAUCCCUCAGAGAGAGAGACCCAGGGGAGAGGACCCAGUAAUAAAUCCCCUUGCAAGGACUUUUUGGCACAAAGUUCCUGGGGAAGUGGCAGAUUAUGGGCAGAGAGGCCAGGGCUGAAGCAAAUCAGGGAGCCCAGAGGUGCCUGAGUGAU